UACAACCAAAAUUACUCUUUCUAUAUAUUUGAAUAUCUUUUUAUUUCUCUUUCUUUUCUUUUAAUAAGUUUUAUUAUUCGGUCUUUAUAUUACAACAGUACUCAAUUUUUAAGAAAAAAAAUUUACUGAUAGGGUGUGUGGUAUGAAAGAAAAUAUUUUUUACGCUAGCAAAAGAUGUUGUCUCAAAUGCAUUUGCAUAUAGCUUAUGUAAAUAUUAUGGGAAUAGGGAGUGGUGGUAGAGUGUAUUAUGAAUUGAAAUCAUGCAUGGAUGAAAAAAUAUUGUAUCUAAACUACCAAUAGUGCUGUAAUUUCUUGAGCUACAGGUGACCUAGCUACGCCCAAUUAAAAUUCGUUAUCUGAGAUUUUUUAGUAGAAAAAUGCAUAUGCAGUGCAGAGACGAGUCGUUUAUGUUCUUCCUGCGCCAUGCAUUUUCUAAAAAUAUUUUUUUUGAAAAGAAAAACUCUAUAAUGAAUUUUAACUAGGGAUGUUAGUCAGGUCGAUUGAGUAGCGGCUAGGAUGUUUUUUUCUUGCAUCUUCGGUUGAUUUGGAUAUUUUCCUGUCAUUUAGGUUGGACUUUGUUGCGGAGGAAGAUAUAAUUAGUAUGAAAUGUUGUUUAUGGAACCUAUUUUUCAUUGGAAAAUCAUUUUUAAGGAAUUUAUUAUUCUACAUAAAAUAUUUUUCAAAACUUUUCACUAACCAAACAUGAAAAGGUUAAAAAAUAUAUUGUGUUCAUACAAAAGACACCGAUGCGAAGGUUAUGGAGGGAGGACCUACUCAAUUUAAAAAUUACUUUUUAGAAACGAUUUAGAUGGAUUGUAUCGUACGUAAUACAAUGCUUUUACAACAGCUGACUGUUGUUAUAACUUAUUAGUGCUAUAAAUUUUCACAUUUUAUUAUCCUAACAAAUGCAUUAAUCAUCAACUCAAUUCUGCGUGCGUGCGUACACUAGGUCAGAAGAACAUAUACAUUUCUAUAAAACAGUACUCAAUCAAACUGGAUUUUCGACAUGGCGACUAGUGAGGUGACAUUCUUGAUAGUGAAGCCGGAAAAUGGAGCGAUAUGGGACCUCGUACGACUCCUUAUCGUAGGAGAUAAAAAAUGUUAUGCCAAGUUUCUUGAAUGUUCAGGUGUUGAUGAUUAUGUUGUUGACGAAGAUGAUUGUAAUGGCAGCGUUGGGGGGGAAGUGGAUGAUCUUAGAUGGGUUAUAUUUGUGUCCAUCUUAGUGAGGAAAAUAUUAAAAGUGUUUGAGAAACCAUUGGAAUGGACUGGUUAUUUCUUGGAGUUUUUGCUCAAUCUCUUCUCUCUUAAUGGCAGCUUUCUUGGCUUACUCUACAAUAUCUUGCAUGGAAAGCUGGUGAUACCACAGAGAGGCACUGAAACUUUCAUAAGUAGUAUUGGCCAUAUAGAUGGAAGAAUAAACUUAUACAAGACUGAAUCAUUAACCAAGGAAUUCACUCAACCUGAUUUCAUCGAUAAAAAUCUGCAACUAGGAAUGGGACAUAGAGCUCUUAUGGACCUAUAUAUGAUGUCGUCAAAGUUGGCUUAUGAGAACGAAAAUGUUGUUAAGAACGUUGUAAAUCAUCACUGGAAGAUGCAUUUUGUGGAUUUUUACAACUGCUGGAAUGAUUACCAGAAAGAGAGUUCAACCCAAGUUUUUAUACUAUGCGAUAAGCCAAAAGAUGCAAACUUGAUUUUGAUCAGCUUCAGGGGUACUGAGCCAUUUGAUGCAGAUGACUGGAUCACUGAUUUUGAGUACUCUUGGUAUGAGAUUCCUAAUUUGGGAAAAGUACACAUGGGGUUUUUGGAAGCCUUAGGUUUAGGAAACAGAGAAAACGUUACCACGUUUCAUGAACUCUUCGUUAAAAAUGCAAAAUCUACCAAUUCAGAGAAUGUUGAUGUUACUAUUGCUCAUCCUCAGCAGCAGCCACCAGAGAGGAGUACUGCUUACCAUACUGUUAGACGCAAACUCAAAAGUUUGCUAACGGAGCACGAGAAUGCAAGAUUUGUCGUUACAGGACAUAGCUUAGGAGGAGCGUUGGCUAUACUAUUUCCAACGAUGCUAGUGAUACAUGAGGAAACAGAUGUUAUGAAAAGAUUAUCAGGCGUAUACACAUAUGGGCAACCUAGGAUUGGGAAUAGGCAGUUGGGGAAGUUCAUGGAAGCACAUUUGGAACAUCCAGUGCCUAAGUACUUCAGAGUUGUUUAUAACAAUGAUCUUGUUCCGAGGUUACCUUAUGAUGAUAAAACAUUCUUGUAUAAACAUUUUGGUGUUUGCAUGUACUACAACUGCUUAUACGUUGAGCAGAAUGUACACGAAGAACCAAACAGGAACUUUUUUGGACCACGAUUCGUGUUACCAGUAUAUCUGAAUGCUGCUUGGGAGUUUAUCAGAAGCUUUACUAUGGGUUACAUAUAUGGAUCUGAGUACAAAGAGAGUUUGGAAUCAGUACUUUUUCGGUUGGUAGGGCUGUUUCUUCCUGGCAUUUCUGCUCAUAGCCCCGUUAAUUAUGUAAACUCUGUAAGACUUGGAAGGCAGAAAAGUGUUUAGAUGUCAUCCUUUCAGAAAGGCGAGAUUGAAAUGCAUUGAUCAAGUGAUAUUUGAAGGUCAUUGAUCAAGUGAUAUUUGAAGGUCCCUUUGGCAUUAUUUACGUUUCGAAAAAUAAACCUGAAUAAAUCAUCUGUUUUACAGAUCAAAUUUAGGUGGUGUAAAUGCAAGAAUUGUUGCAACUAUAAUGAGUUGUUUGCUGCAUGUAUCAAUGAAAUUACUUGUAGAAGGUUGUAUGUAGAUUGGAUUUGUCUUGUGAAUUGUGAACCUGUUGAAUAACUCUUAAUUUCAGUGAUUGCUUAUUUGAUUUGUUUGAUAAU